AUGAUCAUUGCGGUGGCCCUCGUGGCCUUAAUUCCGCUCUUACCGUAUGCGGUCACGCAAGAAUCCACCACCGAGUUGUUCAAGGAGGAUGUUAUGCCGACUAAUGAGAUGAUAGCGGCUAACCUUCCCACACUUCCACCCACUACAACGGAGGAACCAAAGAAAUACCCGGGUACUUAUCUGGUAGUCGCACCAGCAGUGGUACGGCCAGGUCUACCGUAUGCGGUCUCGUUCAAUAUUCUGAAAAGCCCUGAAGAAGAUCAUAUCGUUCGAGUUCAAAUCCGAACCGAUCAAAAUGACACGGUCGCCACGAGGGUUGUGAAAAAUGUUCGGCAAGGGAUUCCGCAAACUGUCACUAUUGACACCAUAGCUGCUGAUUUGUCACCGAAUAUGAACUAUAAGGUGUAUGUACGAGGAGAAACGUUGAACUCGAACGUCUUAUUUGAAGAGGAGAAAUCUGUGCAAUACAACCAGAAGAGCCUUUCAAUAUUUGUACAAACCGACAAGGCUAUUUACAAACCAGGAUCAGUU